AGUGGCGCCCUCUGCGAGGAGCUGAAUAUACUAAGAGAACGUGGGAGCCAGAACGAAAGGGUCCGGCCUAGGACACGGACGUUGACCAGAGCUUAUACCUUAACCUGCAUAAUAAAAACGAGUAUUCCUCAGGCGCGUGGCUAUUUCUUAUUACCCGACCACCCCGCUACAUUUGCAAAACACAAACAGGUAAUAGAAGAUCUUAGAUUACACAAAACAAAAUGUGGGAAUUUAAUUAAAUACGUAAUUGCACCAAAUAUGCUAAAGGAGCUGAUUGAAGAUGUUGGUGAUUGGAGUUACUCAUUGAUCGUUGAUGAAUCAACUGAUGUUGCAACAAUGAAGUUUCUGUGUCUUUGUAUAAAGUAUUUUAGCCAUAAGCAAAACAGGAUAGUUACUGCUUAUUUAGGUUUAAUUGAAGUCGUAAAAGCAGAUGCUAACACUUUAUGUUAUGCAAUUAUUGAGUAUUGUAAAAAAAUUAAUUUAAACUUGAAAAAUUUGAUCGGUUUAGGUACCGACGGAGGUACGAAUCUUUGCGGUAAAAAGCAUUCUGUCUAUACGCUGUUGAAAGCGCAAUUUAAUGAAAACCUACAAUUGGUAAGAUGUAUCUGCCACUCGUUGAACAACGCUGCUUCAGCUGCCGCCAAUCACUUUCCAGCAAACGUUGAAUUUGUAUGUAGGGAAAUAUACAAUUGGUUUAACCAUAGUGCAAAUCAAAAAUCAGAGUAUAAGACAACGUGGGAAACAAUAAAUACUGGUGUAGAAGCUGAUAAUAUGGAUACAGUUGAAGAAAAUGAUACAGAUGUUGAUAAAAACAAAAAAGAUACAUUACGGACUCAUUUCGAUUUAGUAGUCAAUACAGAGAAAGAUUACACUGCUAGACUUCUUGUUGAUAUGUUAAAAGAUGACAGCAAUUAUUUGUAUUUAACAGAAAACUUAGCUGAAGAGGAAUUUGAAGUUAUCGAUAUAUUGAAUACGUUUGAUUAUCCAUGCAUUAAUGUACCCGAAAUCUAAAAUGUAAUACCUUAUAAAUAAUAAAAAGACAACAACCUUAUUUAUUUAAAUAUAUAUAAGU